CUGAACAUUUCAGCCUCACCUGGACAAUGCACAUCUUCGCUCAGAGAUACCCCUCAUACUCUAUCAAAUGGUUUUUGCUGUGAUCCGAAGAUACCGUUUCUUGUGGACAAUCAACUUAGCACCAAUAAUGGCAUGGGUGCAAUUACUCGAGCUGUCCAAGAACGUGUUCAAUCGCAGUUUAACACCACGUUCGAAGUUAUCAUAUCAGAAUCGGAUUUCGUUGUCAAUACUUACUAUACUGGUCUUCGACAGUGUAAAUUCGAAACUGAUCGAUAUUAUGUGGCUCUCUAUGAAACCCCCGAACAGUAUGAUCUCAAUGACGUCGCCACAGAAAGCAGGCUAGCUAGUGUGGAUAGCAGAGAUCCGCUAGGAUGGAAGGAAUCUCCACUUGCUGCGGAAAAGCCAGGGCAAAAUUAG